UGUGUGGCGAUGUCAGGAGCAGCAGCACUCUCGGUCACGUUAAACUGAGAAGGAAACGUCUUUCACCUUCAGCGGAAUAGUUGGGACUAAGAUGUAUAAUCUUUUGGGGCUGCGAGACAAAUACUUUAGACAUUGAUCUGUUAAUAUUGUGGGGUUCGCGGCUAACAGAUGAUUUCGUUCCAUUUGUGUCGAUUGUCCGACGAGAAAUGGCGUUAAACAAGAUUAAGUAUUAACUCAACUCAAAGUGACCGAACUGUGGCAGGGACGAUCGCCGUUCGUCUUAAACGUUAACCGUUCUGCUUUUCUAGCUUUUCAGCAGCAGAACUACCACUGGAGAUGAAUUGGUUUUCGACACUGGAUUUGUUGGCGCUUUGCUUAAUUUUCUUCCAGCAUAAGUUCGGCGCUGUUAAAGGAUAUGGGGACGAAGACGAACGGAGAUGUGAUCCUAUCAAAAUCGCAAUGUGCCAGAAUUUGGGCUACAAUGUGACCAAAAUGCCGAAUCCAUUGGGUCACGAGUUACAAACAGACGCCGAGUUACUGUUACAAACUUUUACACCUUUGAUUCAAUAUGGCUGUUCCAGUCAACUGCAGUUUUUUUUAUGCUCUGUUUAUGUGCCGAUGUGCACGGAAAAAAUCGACAUCCCGAUCGGCCCGUGCGGCAGCAUGUGCCAAUCUGUGAAGCGGAGAUGUGAACCUGUUCUGAAGGAAUUAGGUUUCUACUGGCCCGAGACAUUAAACUGCAGCAAAUUCCCACCGCAAAAUGACCACAAUUAUAUGUGUAUGGAGGGGCCCGGGGACGAGGAUGUCCCCUAUCAUACUAACAAAAUAUCCAUCUCAGCAGAAGAGGAGUGUCUGAACAUGGGGGGCAAGUUGGAUAACUAUAUCUGGGUCAAGAGAAGUCUCACUUGUGCCCUGAAAUGUGGUUACGAUGUUGGUUUGUUCAGUAGAUCUGCCAAAGAGUUCACAGACAUUUGGAUGGCAGUUUGGGCCAGUCUGUGUUUUCUAUCGACAGCAUUCACAGUUCUGACAUUCGUCAUCGAUUCUUCUCGGUUUUCGUACCCAGAGCGACCGAUUAUUUUCUUGAGCAUGUGCUAUAACAUAUAUAGCAUCGCCUACAUAGUGCGGCUCACAAUAGGCAGAGAACGUAUAUCAUGUGACUUCGACGAUGCCGCCGAGCCGGUGUUAAUUCAAGAAGGACUCAAAAAUACUGGAUGUGCCAUUGUUUUCUUGCUGAUGUACUUUUUUGGGAUGGCGAGCUCCAUCUGGUGGGUAAUUUUGACACUUACUUGGUUCUUGGCCGCUGGUCUGAAAUGGGGACAUGAAGCAAUAGAGAUGCAUAGUUCCUACUUCCACAUUGCAGCAUGGGCUAUCCCAGCGGUGAAGACCAUUGUUAUACUAAUCAUGCGACUAGUAGAUGCUGAUGAACUCACGGGUUUGUGUUAUGUUGGAAACCAGAACAUUGAUGCAGUCACUGGGUUUGUGGUUGCGCCUUUAUUCACAUAUUUAGUCAUAGGAACUUUGUUCAUUGCAGCUGGCCUGGUGGCAUUGUUCAAAAUCAGAUCUAAUCUUCAGAAAGAUGGAACAAAAACAGACAAGCUAGAAAGACUGAUGGUAAAAAUUGGGGUCUUUUCGGUUCUGUAUACAGUACCUGCCACCUGUGUCAUUGCCUGCUACUUUUAUGAAAUAUCAAACUGGAACCUUUUCAAGUAUUCAGCAGAUGAUUCCAAUACAGCUGUUGAAAUGUUAAAAAUCUUUAUGUCUUUGUUGGUGGGCAUCACUUCCGGCAUGUGGAUUUGGUCUGCAAAGACAUUACAUACUUGGCAAAAGUGUUCAAACAGACUAGUGAGUUCUGGAAAAACGAAACGAGAUAAACGUGGAGAUGGCUGGGUUAAACCAGCAAAAGGCAGUGAAACUGUUGUAUAAGUGUGUGUAUAUAUAUUAUAUAUAUAUAUGGGAAGAAACAUGUAAUGGUGUCGCUUUUUGUUUGUUUACAAAAGCUUGAUUUCAAAGCAUCGCAGAGAAAUUUGCUGUGACCCAUCACUUAUUGAAACUUCAAAAUAAAUGAGAAUGUGCCUUUGUACUGAAGAAAACCAGUUGGAAACCAAUGUACGUUACUGAACAAAAAUGUAAGUCUACAAUAAAGUAGAAUAUGACUUUAUAUGAA